UCAGACAAGAUGGAGGAACGCAGCAGCUGCGGGAGAACAAUGUUUGGACUCUGAACAUUAAAAGGAACGGUCGAGGGGGCAAAAUUUACAGAAAGCGACACAACGGUGGACAUGCACUGGAUGAGCGAGGUGGCCUUGCAUUAAAGCAGACCCCAUCUCCCCCUGUUCCAGCAUCAGUGUCGGUGUGAUAACACACUGAGCCUUGCCCCUUCAACAUGAGCCUAAUCCAGGACAAACUUGGGAAUGAGUUCCUCCGCUCCAAUGGUGGCAUGGAGCCAGGCUUCGGUGCGAGCAUGCUCAUGUUUAGCCACUUGCCCCCAGUUACUAGCUUCACCCGGCUGGCCAGUCAAACAGUUAUGGCUGAACUGCAGCCCCACGAGAUGAUCUUGAAGAAGGAGCGGGACUCGCCGGACUGUGGAGCUGGAGGAGGACUCAAUACUGGAGGCAUGGUUGCUGGAGGUGGCAUUGGAGGAAUGAUGGGAAAUGUGGGCGAUUAUGUUCAUGCCAUGGGUAUUAAACAGGAGAAAGUUUCUGAACAUGAUUACAGACUGCCUCUUUAUCCGGGGACUGGAACUGGAGCUGGAGUACGAAGUGGAGGAGAGUUGCUGGAGGUUUCGCUGGGGAACCAUCAGAACCUUGUGGUGCACGACCUCAGUUUGGGAAACCUGUCAGGGCGGCUGGUAAAGGAAUCCUCAGGGAGGAAAGGUCGAAGGUCAAACGGUGAGGGACAGGAGGCCAAAACACGGAGGAAACGAGGAGAAUCGAAGUCAAUGAUGCUGGAUCCAGAUGGAGGGAGCUUGUCUCCGAAUUCCAAACCGCACAUCUGUGAGCACUGCAAUGCAGCGUUCCGGAGCUCCUAUCAUUUACGCAGACAUGUGCUUAUACACACAGGUGAGAGGCCUUUCCGCUGUACGCAGUGUAACAUGAGUUUCAUUCAAAAAUACCUCUUACAGAGACACGAGAAGAUCCACAGUGGAGAGAAGCCAUUCAGCUGUGACCAGUGCAACAUGCGUUUUAUUCAGAAGUAUCACAUGGAAAGACACAAGAGAACACAUAGUGGAGAAAAGCCAUACAAGUGUGACACCUGCCAACAGUAUUUUUCCAGAACAGACCGACUGUUGAAGCACAAGCGGACGUGUGGGGAUGCCAUCAAAAAGGGUCUGGAUGGGGCAGAUCAUGAGUUGGGCUCAGUAGGUGACACAGAACACGGCAGCUACGGUAUCUCUCAGGGAAAUGCGCCCACCCCUGCACGCAAACGGGGCAAGUCAAAAAACUCUGGUGAGGGGGGUGAACGCAAGCGUAAAAAGGCAUCUGGGCCUAUUGGGAUGACGCAUAGUCAAGGGGUGGAUGGUUAUGGGAUUCAUGACUUUGGUUCAGCUGUAAACCACGGGGCAUCAACAACCUCAGCUUCAGCCCAGUCAGACCCCAACAUUCACGCCGAACAUAUCCGGGCACCCAAGAUGGCCUUCAAGAAAGGGAACAGAAAGUCCCUGGAGAAGACCACCCACCCCAUGGUUCAUUCUAAGCAAGAGGACAUGGAGUUACCUUCUGGAGGAGGCUUGGAUGGUCUCGGGCUUCUUCCAAGUCCAGGGGCCAAAGUUGGUCCCAGCAGCAGCGGCAGUAACUACGAUGAUGCAAUGCAGUUCCUGAAGAAGAGGCGAUACCUCAAUGUGACAAACAGUGGCAGUGCUGGAUCUGGAGCUUCAGACUAUGAUGUCAGUCAUCUGCAGUCACAUCCGACCGUUAAUCAGGGUGUCGUUUCUGGGGUUCUAGACAGCGACGGCACACUUAGCCUUCUGGACGCUUCCUCUCUGGUAGAUAUAAAACCAGACAAGUCUGGAAUCCCGGAUGAGGUUCUACAGAGCUUGUUAGACCACUAUGCUCACAAACCCGAUGUUAGCUUUGACAUCCCUGAUCACCAUCAUGUUGAGCUUCAGCCUGCUGCCCCAGAUGCCACAGACCCAUUGGGUCCCGAUGACAACCCUUCAAGUCCCAACAGUGGCGACAAAGCAGUGAUCAUGCAUGAGUACUCACGGUUUCUCCUCCAAGCACUAGAGCGGACCAGUCACAGUGCAAGCUUUGUACUGGGUCCUGGUUCUGCCGUGACCACCACGGGACCUUUUCCUGGGACUAGCCCACUUUUGUCAGACAAGCAUGUGUAUACUUCCUCACCUCUUGAGUACUCAUUCUCACAUCCGGUCUCGUCUUCGCCCUCUCUUUCGUCUGUGCCAAAGUCCCACUUUGGUCUUCUAGAGGGCUCGUCCCCUCCCCCGGGCUUCCACUUGAGCGGCCUAGAGCAGUCAGCGCACACACAGCAGCUCACACCUUCCCAGGAGCUCACUGAACAGCUGGACAAGCAGCACACCUCCCCUCCGCCCCCUUCACACACACCCAACACCAAUGCCUACCAAAUCGCACCUCAGCCUCCCGACCUGGGCGGUCCAAAAGAACCGCAAGGUCCCAAAAAUGGCGCUACAGCCACCACUGGUGGAUUCUCUCUGGCUGCUUCCCAGGACCUGGCUACCCUGGACUCAGUCAAGGCUCCAUAUCAGAUUGAAAACUUUGCCCAGGCUUUUGGGGCACAGUUUAAAGGUGGCAGAGUGUCCCUGGCCUUUAGCAGUGACUCGGGGGGAGAGGUAAAUCACCGCUUACAAACAGCAGGGCUUACAGUCUCCGAAUUCUCAGGGUAUAGCAGUCUCUUGGCUGAUGCCAGCGAACCAGUCAGUAGUGGCUCCAAAACCCCAACAAGCCAAAGCUACAGGUGAAUGGGCUCCUGUGCCUAGAUGCUCAGAUGGAGGUUCCCUAUUUUUAUUUUGUCAUGCUGUCUUUUUGUGUUGUUGUUGUUGAUGUUGUUGUUAUUAUUAUUGUUAUUAUUAUUAUUAUUAUUAAUGAUAUUGUUAUUAUUGUUAUUUAGUUCUCCUACUUUAAUGAAAUUGUAAUGUUUUUUUUCUCACUGCCGUUGUUCAUUUGACAUUUUGCCCUCCGUUGGCCUGCGAUGCAUUUUCCAUUAUUACCUUUUUCUUUUUUUGUUUCAAGUUCCUUUAGAAAAAAGGAAACAUACCUGUUUUUUAAUGUCAGUAGACUUUUAGUUCUGCUCUGUUAAUUAAUAGUUAAGGGAAAUCAAGCAAAAAAAAAAAAAAAAAGUUGUUUGCUCCCAUGUUUUAGCAAUUGACUUUAGAAACGUGUAAAAAUAACUGUACGUGGCAAUGGCAGGGAGUCACCCAGAAAUGAAAUCGUCUGUUACAAUGAUUCAAGUAUUACUCAGGAAAAUGUGUGGAUGGCAAAACUGUAAGAAAGCAUUAAUUGAAGAGGCAGACGUUUUGCAAAUACAAAGAGCUUUAUCAGGAGAUGCAUUUUUUAAAAAUUCUUCUGAAUGAGCACGACAAGUAGAAGACAAAAGCGCUGCCUGCUAAAUUACACUGACACCACUUUCCACUUAGCUGUAUAGAGAUUAUGGUACUUUUAUGUCAAUGUGAAAUACUCACAUUCUCUUUCAGUAAGGGCCAUAUAUAUAAAUAUAUAAAUAUAUAUAUUUAUAAGAAUAUCUGUAUGUAAAAUAACAUUUUCUUGAGACUGGCAAGUGACUUGGAGGAGGAUAAGGAGGGAUUGAGUCUGUGAAGGGAGGCCUGUGACUGACAACGCACAACCCCCUUCACCCUGUCCUCCUUUUUUUUCCCCCCUUUCCUUGGAUUGCAAAGCCAAGGGCUGUACACUAGAGGGCGCUGCAUGCGAGCGUGUAAGUGCCUCUUGGCACAGGUCAGAUCACGGGAUUCUUCUGUGCCUGUCUGGCUUACUCAUCCCUUUCUCCCUCAGUCCACUCCUCCUUUACCUUCAGUGUCAGAAAGAAUCCCAUCUAGCACUUUUAUGAUCUGGUUAAUUUUACACGGUGAAUAAAAUCACCCAGACAGAUCAUCACACAGAAUGUGAACUGUGUAACUGACAUGCCGUUUUUCAAAAGGGGGCAGUGGACAAACCGGCGGGAGUCAUUUUAGUAAGUGUAUAGAUUAUGUUGAAAUGACCAGGGAUACAUGGUCUUUCUGAUGGAAAACUUUAGUUUCAUUGGGAAGCGUUUGCUGGAAUUUAGGGUGGGCUUUCCUUGGGGUGGGAGUGUAGAGGGUGUCUUAUUUUAUAUUUCAUUCCCAGGUCUCAUGGACAUAGGUUAGCUUAUAAGGGGAUUUUGUCUUCUCUGUUUUUAUUUUUAUUUUCGAACGUUUUGAGUUGGGGAAAUGUGCUGUGUGUUAAAAUGGCCCCUGCUGUACCAUGUUUUUGCCAGAGGCGACUUGUUAAAAGUCCCACUCUUAGUAAUUUAUAUAGUUUUGGUCCUAAAUUGACUGACUUACAGCCCAAAAGGAAUUCAGCCAACCUAUUGCAGCGUGCAUGCAGGGCAAAGUAUUACCUUGAACUACAUUUUUAUGUUUUAUUUUGUACUGUACAAGUGUUAUUGUAAAAAAUAAUAAUGUUUUUAUUUGAACGAUCAAUAACUGUCUUCCAUAAUCACCAUUGGCUGCUGUUACACUGUUGUUGAAUUACUGUCAUCCAAUGUUGUUUUUUUCUUUCAUGUUUAUUUCUUCUACCAAUCCCCGAAAGGACAGAACCACAUGCAAGAUUGUUUGUCAGACAUUUUCUAGGGAACACAGACCAACCACUAGGACUCAUUUAUGAAGGUUGGGGUACUAUGUUCACAAUAAUGCUAGUAAUAAUAAUCAAAAUAAUGAGGAGUGUGAUGGCUAUGAUGAAAGCACCACAGCUGAUGAUGUUUUUAUACCUCAUAUCACUGAUGACAGAAGCAGGGAUAUCAAAAAGUGACUAUGUAGCAUGACUGAUGUGGCUACUGUUGAGAAGCGCCUCAAAAUAUUCCCUCGCCAUUAAACUUGCCCUUUUUUAUUCCGCAGUUUGCUUUUAAUCCGCUCUUCUCAGAGACUUGUGAACAUUGAUGUCUGGACUGCGCACAGAGAGAGAGUUUCUGAAUACAAAAGCUUCUUAAAGAUGGUCACUUUGUAUUGUUAACUGUAGGGAGAGGAGAUCCAAAGAAGCUUGAAAUGAAAUCAAAUUUUAUUCAUCACAGGCAGUGCGAAGGCUCAUGUUUUGUUAUGAAUUGAUUGCGCUCCCUGCAAUAAUGUUUUAUAAUUUGUUUUGUUUGUAUGCAGACCACUUCUAAAAUAUGGUUUCCAGUUUAAUGUGUAAAACCCCUUUAAAACCCUGUUAAGCCUCGAAUGAUAUCCUAUUUGGCUUGAAUAAUGCCAGCCAUCAAUCUGUCAGUGGUUGCCACCUUACGGUCCUCUUAACUUUUUAUUUUCUUUUGCCUUCUUGCUGUAUAUUCCAGAAAGUAUUUAUUUUGUUUACAUACGGUUAUAAACACUACAUCAGAUUCUUUUCCCAAUAUUCGUCGUCUUUUUUUUUUUUUUGCAUGUAAAAUAAUGUUUUCUUUUUGCCCCCCUUUUGUCGCCAUGCCAAAUUUGUAGCUAAUGAUCUUUUUCUUUUCUCUCCUGUCUUAUUUUAUGGCAGAUUCUUGUGAUCUGAUAAACAGGACUAUACCUGUCCAUUUUGACUAUUAUUGAUUAGGAAAAACAAUAAAAAUGCUGGUAUCA